AUGAUGAAGACGAUGAGGAGGAUAUCUGCAAUUCUGUUGUUGGGAGUGAUGUUGACAAGAGACAUGGCCUUUGUUUCAAUUGUUUCUCCCUGUUGGCCGAGAUGGCCGUGGUGUCGAGGUUUCACUUUUCAUGGUGUGGAUGGUUCGUUUGUCGGCCUGCCGGACGAACAUGGCUAUUUCUCUACAUUACUUUUCAGAUGUACACGACAAUCUCCAAGACGGCGGCGGGAAAUAUGUGACAGUCAUCCCUCGCUACUGCAGGGUUUUAUAUGCCAGCACAGCGGCCUGGUCUUUUUGGUAUCAGCUGGUCAUAGACCGGUUUGA